AUGCGAGUUGUUUCUCCCGGUGGGCAGCAUCUAGAGCCACAGAUCGUGCGUGUCAGCUCCCCAGGCCGCCAGCCAUAUACUGUCCCAUCGAUCGCCGGUACUGCGCAGUAUGAAACGCCCGGAUAUCCUCCCGAGACUCGGCCAAUCCUUCAAGCAGCUGGUGCUCCUGCACAUCCAGGCCGCGUAGCUUUCGAAGAGCCACAACAGCCGUAUCCCUCUCAUCCUCUCACUUCAGCUGAUCAACCUAGUCACCCGGAUUACGGUCCCGAGCCCACUGAUCAUGGUUAUGGGGCAGAACCGCCUACCGGGGUGCCUGCCUACACAGGGGAGCCAUCCCCGCCUCAACAAGCGUCUCCGCCACGCGCUGCCGCUCAGCCUCCUGUAGAGCACGCACCAACGCAACCCCCGAUGGUCACUAUACCCCCUUCCGGGGGUCACCGAGCACCCCAGGAAGCAUACCCCGAAGAAGCUUAUCCACAGGAUACUCAAGAGCAUGAGACUCCGUAUACGUCUCGCCCCGUUCCCGCACGAUCGGAGGCACCAUCUCAGGUGGCUUCUCCUCCACGUUCAGAAGAGCCUUUUGAGCCAGCCUACCGACCCGAAUCCGAGGGACGAGAACCCAGCCCUCCAAGGCCUCUCCCGACACCUCCGCAGAGACCGACAGAGAUUGCGCAUGAAGCCCCAACAGGCCCGUCAGGAGUGCAUGAAGCCGCUGGAACCCAACCACCAGGUGUUCAAGACCAUGCAGCUAUCCCUGCAGAUAUUCGCGGAGCAACAGCUGCACGUCCAGCAACCACCGGACCAGCAGCGAUCCGUUUACUCUCCCCUGCCGAUCGCCGGACAGUGAGCCUCGCUCCUAUCAGCGGACCGGCAACUAUCGAUCACUCCGCAGCUCAACCAAGUGCACCUGAGCCAAUUGCGGCCGGGGCUCCCUCAUUCGACCCACAUGCUUUUGAAGAAAUGCUCGCCCACCAGAGCAGUGUAGCUGAGGAAGCAGAAAGAUUGCGACAGGAUGCGUUCACCGCUGCCCAAGCCGAACGCGAACGCCUCGCUCAACAGUGGGAGUCACAGGAACAAGAACGACAGCGCCAAUUCGAAGAGGCGCAACAGGCCCGACAAAGAGAGUUUGAUGACACCGAGAACGGCAGGGCAGCAGAAUGGGAGCAACAACGACAGCAUGCGUCCGAGCAGGCCGACACCCUCCUGCAGCAACUGGAACAGGGCAUCGGCUUGCCACGAUCCAGGUUCCCGUCUCGGUCACGCCCCGGCUCGGCUGAAGGUCCUGGGCAAACCGGUCCCAUCGAGGUGGGCGAAGAAGUACCGCUAGACACAAUACCUUCCAUCCGUCCCAGCCCGGCCAGGACUGCCCCACGACCGGAAGAAUUGAGCGACCAUGGGAUGUCACCUCUGGGAAUCGAAGAGCCCGAACUCCCUCCUGAGGCCCUUGAGGCCCCUCCCUUGCCCGAGGAAGACCUGGACGAGGCACCCGAACUCCCGGAAGGUCUGGAAGAACCCGAGCUUUCUCCCAUUCAGGAGGAAGGCCCAGCACGCCGGAAUAUACCCGCCGUCCGUAUUAGCUCACCCGAUCGCCGUAUGGCGUACGCACCUGAGCCUAGGACUGAUGUUGGAGGAGCUCGCACCCCACUCAGGGGAGCCGUGACUCCCUCUCCCCCUGCUGAGAUUCCGGCGUUGUCUAGUCCUGCUGGAGGUCCGACAACGAUCUCCAGCCCUGCUGCAGUUCCGGCAAGUCUUCGCAGCCCCGGUGCAGUUCCGACAACACUCCCCAGUCCUGCUGGAACUCCGGCAACCCUCUUUACUCCUGCUGAUGUUCCGAUACCACUAUCCCCCCCCACCGAAAUCCCGGAGAUCUCCUCACCUCCCGCUGAGACUGAGGCUCCUUCAGGCACUGCCUUGCCCCCUGCCUCCAUGCCGGCAAUUCGUAUUAGCUCCCCAUAUCGUGUUCCGAUCCCAGGAGGCCAGACCUCUACAGCGGCACCACCAGGCAUUGUCCUCAAAACAGAUGGAAGUGCGGUACCGAUCGCCGGAGACGGGAAUGUCCCUGCCGUAAGCUUAGGCGAUCCGACUACUACCACUGCACCGGAACUGGCCGAGCGUUUGCGCAUUGCGGAAGAGGCGGCGGCUGCGGGUGCGGAAGCACAAAGGCAAUACGACGAAGAGCGCCAGGCUCGCGAAGCCGAGCAUCAAGCUGCCCUGGAGCAGGAGAGAGAACGUAUCCGCCAGCUUGAAGAAGAGUUGGCCAACGUCAAAAAUGCAGCCAGCCAAGAAAGGCAAGAUCGUAUGGCGGCUGAUCUUGAGCGCCUCGAAACGGAGCGUGCUGAGCAAGCUAGACGCGAGGCAGCGUACACGGACGAAUUGAGGGAUAUCAAGAACUUGCUACAAGACCGCACCAACGAGCAGAGAACUUGGCGUGACCAAGACGAGGAGCGUCUCCAAACCAAGGAAACGAGAUACACCCAGAAGCUCGAGAGGCUGCAGAAACUGGAGGAACUCCUGGGCCAGAUUCUCAAUGGACAAGAGAACGACAGGCGGAAGGCGGAAGAUGAUGCGGCGGGACGUCCAACUCUCGAAAGCGUGUUAGAACAGCUGAAGGAGCAAGCCGCAACCCAGCGCGACCUUCUAAAUCAAAUGCAGGAGGCAUGGCGGGCGGAUGCAGACCGACGGCACUUUGAGACGCUGGAGGCCGUGAGGGAGACGGCAAACCAGCAAAUACCCUUCAACGUUCAAACUUACCUCAAUGACUUCAGCAAAGCACUUGCGGCGGAGGUUCGUAUGUUGCUGUCCGAAGUGGGCAAGCUCCGCGAAGAGCGACGUAACCUGCAAUUCGAAAUCAGUGCGUUGAUGGGCAUCAAGGCCAAGCAUGGGCCUGGUGGUAUCUUCCAACCAGAGUUCACACUACCUGACGAUAAACCCCUGGCUCCUGCUCCUGCUCCCGCUCCAGCACCAACGCCACCGCCGCCACCCGCGCCUGCAGCAUGGCACCGCGUGCAUGGCAAAGCAGAUCGUCCACGCCGAGGAAAGAAGGGCAAGGAGGAAGCACCCCCGCCUGCUGCUGCGGCGCCGCCGCCUCCCCCCCCAGCGUCGUGGAUUACGUGGCAACCCAACCCUAUGCUACCUCAACCCGCGCCCACUGCUCCUUCAACCGCCGCUUCUACUCGCGUUCCUGGGUUGUUCGGUCCUCGUUCACCCAGCCACAAAGACGGAGAACUCCCGUAAUUUCUUUAGUUAUUUGUGCCUUUUCUCUAGUUACUUUGCAUUUCCC